CCGCCGGCGACUCAAGAAACCCCCCAUCACCACACCGGAGCCGACCGACCGGAGGGAACACCACGGAUGCCUGCCUAUCUCGUCGACACCGAGUCCACAUCUUCGGAGCCUUGAACGAUAUCUCAUAAAGCUCAAUCCCGCCGUUACUCAACUCACCACCUUCACCCUCUCUCCCCGCUUCUCGCGCCCUCUUAUCUCAGUGUUCACAAAGAACCCCGCAUCAUCCGCUCAACAUGUCUCUCUCAAACGAAGAUUGGGAGGAGCUCCGCCAAGACAUCCCAUCCGUCUCUGACCCGUUCAUCACACAGUACAUCAAAGGCCGUGACGCCCUCAUCGCCCAGGAGCACAAGAAGCGCGCCGACGCCUCCUUCAAGGACGCCGCGUCCCCCAUUGCCCGGCGCGCAGCAGACAUCGUCUCCCGCAUCCGUGACGAGGAGAAGAGGACGAUAUGGAACGCCCAGACGGAGGAGGACCUCGCCACCACCGAAGGCCUGGCGCCCUUCCCGGGCAUGAUGUUCACACUCGCCAAGCAGCGCCUCGAGACGACCAGACUGUGGCGCAUCGUGCAGAGGAUGCCAAAGGGUUCGCUCCUUCACUCACACUUGGACGCCAUGGUGGACUUUGACUUUUUGUUCGAUGUCCUGCUCAAGACGCCCGGGAUUCACUUUGCUGCGGACGAGCCCCUGUCCAACGAGUCGGCGAGGUCGAAUGCUAGCGUACAUUUCCGCUACAGAAAGGCGGAGACGAGUUCAAAGCCCGUCUGGGAGGAUGGCUAUGUCCCGGGCGAGUUUCGUCUGUUGACCACGGCGGCGGAUGAGUAUCCCGAUGGCGGCAGGACGGGGUUCCUCAAGUGGCUCAAGGCGCGCUGCACAAUCACCUUGACGGACACGUAUGAGCAGCAUCACGGCAUCGAUGCUGUCUGGCGCAAGUUCACCUCGUGCUUUGGCGUCACCAACACCAUUAUUCACUACGAGCCAAUUUUCCGUGCCUUCCUCAAGAGAUUGAUGGCGUCUCUGUUGGCAGACGGCAUAUACUGGAUCGAGCUGAGAUUCACUUGGCCGCUCAACUACUGCCGCGACCAGCAAGAAGAACCGGAAAAGGACUACAACCACAUGUUCCAAGUAAUGGAAGAAGAGCUCGCCCUCUUCAAAUCCGACCCGGCCCACGCCGCCUUCUGGGGCUUCCGCACCAUCUGGACCACCAUCCGCCACCUCCCCGUCCGGGACAUCAUCGAGAGCAUGGACAACUGCAUCACCACAAAAAUCUCCUGGCCCCACCUCAUCGCCGGCUACGACCUCGUCGGCCAAGAAGACCUCGGCCGGCCCCUCCGCGACCUCCUCCCGGAACUCUUCUGGUUCCGCAAGCAGUGCGCCCAGGAAGGCGUCAACCUCCCCUUCUUCUUCCACGCCGGCGAGACACUCGGCGACGGCGACGAGACGGACCAGAACCUCUACGAUGCCAUCCUCCUCGGCACGCGGCGCAUCGGCCACGGCUUCUCCCUCUACAAGCACCCGCUGCUCAUCGACAUGGUCAAGGAGAAACGCAUCCUCGUCGAGUCGUGCCCCAUCUCCAACGAGGUCCUCCGCCUCUGCGGCUCCAUCAUGUCGCACCCGCUGCCCGCGCUGCUCUCGCGCGGCGUCUCGUGCGCGCUGUGCAACGACGACCCGGCCAUGCUGGGCCAGGACACGGCGGGCAUGUCGCACGAUUACUGGCAGGCGCUGCAGGGGUGGGAGAACGUCGGCCUGCUCGGGCUGGGAUCCAUGGCGGAGAACAGCGUGCGGUGGUCCGCCUUUGAGGACGAGACGCCGGCGGAGUGGACCGAGGGGAUCAAGCAGGCGAGUCUGGGCUCCGGCGUCAAGGCGCAGAGGCUCAAGUUGUGGGAGACGGAGUGGGAGAAGUUCUGCCUUUGGGUCGUGGAUGAGUAUGGUGACGAGGCGGACAAGGCGUGAGGGUCAAGAGUGUAGCGAUUUUCUGUGAGGAGGUGCCGUCCAGUGGACUGUGAUAGUACUCUGGACGAAGUUACAUCCUUGCUUUCAACAAUUGGGACGGCGCGGCGUGCGGGGGUUGGUCGCGGAGGGAGAGGGCGUCUGAAUGCGAACGAGGCAAACGCAAAACCGGGUUAUCGGCACGGGCGAAACGGGGAUAUGGGAAACAAUGGAAUUUUCAACAGAGCGCCAUGAUUAUUGGCUGAGGGGUUCAAACGGGAAGGGCUUGCAUUCAACACCGCGGAUACAUCAUUAAAGGGCAUUCAACGCGGCUCUGGGAUUGAGGGAGA